AUUGUACAUAGUUCCUUUUUGCUGUUAUUGGUUCAUAUCCAUUUUUGAUUUAUCAAUAGGGGAAGGAGAUGCCAUGGACUAACAACUUUUUUUUUUUAUUGAGAUCAGAAGAUUUGGAACUUGAACUAUAAACUUCAGAUGUUUGCUGAGCUUGAAAAAGGUAUAUGUUGUACAUAUAAGCUUCAUCAUCUGCUUUUGGAUUUAACAAAGCGACGCUUUUCUGUUAAUUCAAGGAGUCUUCAGUCUCAGCCGACUUCGGUUGAUGACAGUGAUAUCAAAGCUUUCGCAAAAUUAUCGCCUGACUGGACGAAGGAAGAUGGAACUUUUAAAGCGCUAUAUUCCAUGAAUCGACUUCGGCUACCGCUGAUUGUUAAUACAAUUGGUCUUAAAACCGAACAGGGCCAUGAUUCUCUUUCGGGUUUACACAUUGCUGAUAUUGGAUGUGGCGGUGGAAUAUUAACUUUUCCGUUGGCGCGGUUGGGGGCCAACGUUGAAGCUUUGGAUGCCUCCUUUGAUGUAAUUGCUUCACUAGAAGAAGCAGGAAAUCGUUUCCGUCGUGAAAAUCGCGGAUCAGGCAAAGCAACAUUUACGUGUUCAUCGGUUGAAGAUUUUGCCACAAAAAAUGCUGGAAUGUUCGAUGCAAUUGUCGCAUCCGAAAUAAUCGAACAUGUUGCCGAUGUGGAAUUAUUUGUGGAAUCAUGCAUUCACUUGGUGCGCAGAAGUGGUACUCUCUUCUUUACAACCAUUAAUAAAACUGUUGCUAGUCGAGUGAUGGCUGUUUGGAUGGCAGAGAGGGUAUUGGGCAUUGUUCCACCUGGUAUCCAUAGUUGGUCGAAAUUUAUUGAACCGAAAAUUUUGCGAAUGAUUUUGGAAGAAAAUGGUUGUAGUGUGCGUAUGUUGCACGGCAUGAUUUACAAUCCUCUCACAAAUCAUUGGUCAUGGAGUCAGAACACAUCGAUAAAUUAUGCUUUAGUUGCCAUCAAAAAUUAACUACAAUGUUUGUUGUAUGCGAUGAGUUUUGGAGGAAAAUGGAUUUGUCCACUUCGUAAAGUCAUGGAAGGAAAAGAGAGAAAAGUCAUUGUUCAGUGCUGUACUAUCCGAUCAUUUUUUCUGAAUAUCAUGGUAUUAAUGGUAAUCGUAGCUUCAUUUUGGUCUAGUGAUAAAAAAUGUUGGGAAAUGCUUGCGCUGG